GGUAAAUUAAUAAUAUUUUAUUAGUUUCAAUUAAUUUUAUCUGUAUAAUACGGGUAUAAUACAAAACAAUACAAAAUGCGUAUAUUUACAAAAAAAAGCCCAACACUGUUGGACAUUUUAUAUUAAAUAACAGUAAAUAACCAAGAUGACUGGUAAUUUGGUAAAUUACUCAUUAUUAUAACUCUGUGAUUCACUGACAAUUGUGACAAUCUGACAUAAAUUUAAUCUUUUGUUCAGGAUAUGUUAUUUUUAUCACGAGUAAUCAACACUAAUUAAAAGUUUUUAGAAAAACUCACACAAAAAAGUAUUGAGAAUAUGAUUGUUGCUUUUACCAGUAACAAUAAUAAGAAAAUAAAAAAUAAAAUUGUGAGCAUGUUUAAUUUUUUUGUUACUCAAAAUUAAUAUAAUAAUUAUUUUGGUAAUAUAAAUAAUAAUAUUUCUAAACAAUCAGUUGAACUAUUAUAAAAAAAAUUAAACGUCAUGAAUAUUUUAACAAAUUUUGAUGAGUGUCUUCGUGAUUCACCACAAUUUCGAACAUGUAUCGAAAAAGUAGAAGGAAACAUAGAUCAACUCGAACAAAAAUUAGAAAAGGUGUUAAAAAAUUGUUCAUCAAUGAUUGAUCUUGGUAAAUCAUUUCUAAACCAACAAAGCCAAUUUACAAACAGCAUGUUUGAGUUGUCUCAAUUUUUCAAUGAUGAUGAAGAAGUUAUGACGAGUCUCAGUAAGUUGGUUCAUGCAUUGCAAGAAAUGAACAAGUUUCAAACAAUUUUAUUGGACCAAGCAUUAAGAACAGUUGUUAAAGAUUUAAAUAAUUUUAUAAAAAGUGAUAUAAAAAAAGCAAAAGAAUUACGUCAUUGUUUUGAAAAAGUAUCAAAUGAUUUAGAUGUUGCAUUGAAUAAAAAUUCACAAAUAUCAAAAUCUCGACCAUCAGAGUAUGAAGAAACUUCAAAUAUAUUAACAGCAACAAGAUCAUGUUUUCAGUAUACAGCAUUGGAUUAUAUAAAUGCAUUGACAAUGCUUCAAGCUCGUCGUCGUCAUGAAAUAUUAGGAAGUUUAUUGUGUUAUAUGCAUGCAUGUUUUACUUAUUAUCAUCAAGGAAGUGAUUUAUCACAAGAUUUAGAUCCUUUUUUAAAAGAUUUAGGUGAACGUUUAAUAAUAAUGCGUAAUGAUUCAUUAAAAUUAGAAAAAAAAAUGGAAAAUCGUCAUGAUAAAGUUAAAACAGAUGAUAUAAUACCAGAAUUAUCAUCUGAUAAUCAAAAAAUGGAAGGUUAUUUAUUUAAAAGAUCAACAAAUGCAUUUAAAACAUGGAAUAGAAGAUGGUUUUGUUUAAAAGAUCAUCAACUUGUUUAUAAAAAACGUACUGGUGAUGAUGAUUAUACAAUUAUGGAAAAAGAUUUACGUAUAUGUUCAGUUAAACCAGUUGUUGAUUGUGAUAGAAGAAAUUGUUUUGAAGUUGUUAGUCCAAAAAGAAGUCAUAUAUUACAAGCUGAUAGUGAAAAAAUAUAUUUAGCAUGGAUUGUAGCAACACAACAAGCAAUUGGUGCUGCAAUACAAAGAGAAAUUGAAACAGAUACAACAACAAAUACAUUAAGUACAUUUUAUAAAAUUCAUCAAGAUAAUAAAAGACCAAUAAGACCACCACCAAAACCAAAAACAAGAAUAUGGGAACAAUUAUUAAAAAUACCUGGUAAUGAUACAUGUUGUGAUUGUGGUAAUUCAAAUCCAAGAUGGGCAAGUAUUAAUUUAGGUAUAACAUUGUGUAUUGAUUGUUCUGGAGUACACAGAGGUCUUGGUGUUCAUUAUAGCAAAGUUAGAUCAUUAACACUUGAUGAUUGGGAACCAGAGAUACUUAAAGUCAUGGCAGAAUUAGGUAAUAAUGUUAUCAAUAGUAUUUAUGAAGCUGUACCAGUUGAAUCAUCUGUUAUUAAAGCAACACCAUCAUGUGCUAAUGAUAUUCGUGAAACAUGGAUUAAAUUAAAAUACAUUGAUCGUAAAUUUGUUGAGCCAUUGGCAAAUUUAACAUUAUCACGUCAGCAUAAAAGUCGUGAAGUUGUAAAUUUUAGAAGAUGGAGUGUUAAAAAAUUACGUCGUCGUCCUCGUAGUCAUGAUAAAUUAUAUAGAUAUAAAAAUGAUAUGUCUAGUGGUUCUAUUAAAAAAUCACAAUCAAGCAAUACAUCAGAUUCAAAAAAUCAAACUACAUUAGAUGAAAAAAUAAAGCCUAAAAAAUCAUUAAAAAAUAAAGAUAAAAAAGAUAAAAAACAUGAUGAUAAUAUUGAUAACAAUGAAGAUGUAUUAGUGUUUGGUUGUAAUUUACCAGAACCAUUAAUUGAAAGUACAUUAGAAUUAACAUCUGAUCAUGAUUCAACUGCUGGUGAAGAUGAAGAAUUUGAUAAUGAAGAAGAUAUUGAUAAUUUACAUGCUGAUUUGCUGCUUUAUAAAGCUGCUGUUGCUCAUAAUUUACCAGUUAUGUGUAGAGCAUUAGCAGCUGGUGCUGAUAAAAUGUGGUGUAAUACAAAUGAUCAUAAUAGAACAGCUUUGUAUCAAGCAAUAUUAAGUGGAUCUGUUAUGUCUUGUGAAUAUCUUAUUCUAAAUGGAGCUAAAGUUAAUUUUCAAGAUUCAGAUGGUAAAACACCAUUACAUUUGGCAACAGAAUAUGGACAUACAGCACAAGUUUGUUUAUUACUUAAACAUAAUGCUGAUCAGCAUGUUAAAGAUAACAAUGGGAUUAAACCAUUGUCAAUUGCUAUUGAACAAGCUAAUGCUGAUUGUGUAACAUUAUUGAGAUUGGGUUUAUUAAAUGAAGAAAUGAUUAAUCCUGAUACUGGAGUUACUGGUGAUGAAACAUUUAAUGAAGUUGUUCGUGAUUUCAGUCAAUUAGCAUGCUCUCAUCCUGAACGUUUACAAAGACGAAGUGAUGAAUACAGUAUUUCAAAAUCUCCCAAAUAACAAUUUUAAUACAUAAUAUAUUUUUCUUACCAUUUGACAUAUUUCAAUAUGAAAUUAAAGCCUUAAAUUAUAUUUAAUUAAGUCUAAUAAUAAUUUUAUAAUAAUCAUUUUUAAAUAAUUAAUAAUAAAUAAUAUUUACAGACAAAUAAUUAAGGCAAUUUAAUAUUAUUUUUUUAUUAAAUAUUGUUUUUAAAUUUAUCGAUAAAUUUUUAAUAAAUAAUAUACACAGAAAAAUAAAUUAAUUAAACAGGU